UGCUCAGCCUCUGGCUGUCACUUCCUCCUGCCUGAGCAUAUUUAUGUUUCUGAUUUCCCUGUAUUUAACAUGCAAACCAUGAAGUUGAUUUCCCACUGACCUUUCCCUCUCUCUGCAGAGUCCUGAGAGCUGUGAGAGGCGUGCAGCAGGACGAUGGAGAGCAAGCCAGCAGUGAAUGGUCACGCUGUUCCCAGCUCUCCCAGGGAAGACGUGUCAGGGAAAAACCACUUGUGCCAGGACGUGAUGCCGUGCAAACAGCAAAAAGCAGCUGGCAGGGAUGCGGGGCCGGAUGCUCCCAGGGAGCCCUCAGAGACAGCUGGCAGCAUUGCAGGCGUGUACAUAGAGGCUUCAAAGAGGGUAAUGAGCUUCUAUGAGGCCACCAGAGAGCAUCUGCUGAGCCUGGAUUCGGCCCUCUGCCUCCUCGAGGCCCAGGCAGCCACGGGCUCCAUCUCUGACCCGCUGAGGAGCUGUCGCGUCCCCGUGGCAGAAGCCGUGCGGACGGGGCUGGUGGGGCUGGAGCUGAAGGAGAGGCUGCUCUCAGCUGACAGAGCUGCUACUGGCUUUGUGGACCCCUACACAGAGGAGAAAAUCUCCCUCUACCAGGCGAUCCAGAAGGAGCUGGUGGGGAGGGAGCAGGGCGUUCGCCUGCUCCAGGCCCAGAUGGCGACUGGAGGCAUCAUCGACCCGGCCACCGGCGGCCGGCUCCCGGCAGAUGUGGCCUGUGAGAAGGGAUAUUUGGAUGAAGAGAUGAGCCAGCUCGCCUCCGACCCCGGCAAUGAGGACAGCAAGGUGUUCCUUGAGCCCAGCACUCUGGAGAGGGUCACUUACUCGGAGCUGAGGAAGAGGUGCGUUGUGGAUCCAGCCUCAGGCUUCCUCCUCCUGCCGCUGCAAAUCACAUUCCCGGGGCUGGGAGGGAGGAGGGUGAGCAGCAGGGACCUGAUGGACUCUGGCAUCAUCAGCUCUGAGGUGUUCAGAGGCCUCGAGGAGGGAAGAAUCUCUGCCCAGGAGGUGGCAGAGAAUGACAUUGUUCAGCACUUCCUGCGUGGGACACGGAGCGUGGCUGGUGUCGUUCUGCCUUCCGGGGAGCAGAAGAGCCUUUACCAGGCACUGAGGGAACAUCUCCUCGUGCCUGGUGCUGCUCUCAUGCUCCUGCAAGUCCAGGCCUCCACCGGCAGCCUGACAGACCCCCUAAAGAACAAAAUCUACUCAGUGGAUGAGGCUGUCAGGGUUGGUCUCGUUGGCCCAGAGCUUUACGAGAAGCUGUCUUCAGCUGAGAAAGCCAUCACUGGCUACAGGGACCCAUCCACCGGAGAAAUGCUCUCCCUGUUCCAAGCCAUCAGGAAGGGCUUUGUUCCCAGGGAUCAUGGCCUUUGCCUUCUGGAGGCUCAGGGGGCCACGGGAGGUGUCAUCGCCCCAGGCAGGCACCUCCGUGUCCCCAUGCAGACAGCCUGUGAGUGGGGGUACCUGGACGAGGCCACCCGAGAGCUCCUCUCCAGCCCCCCCGAGGAGGUGAAGGGGUUCUUCGACCCCGGCUCCAAGGAGAAGCUGAGCUACGCUGAGCUGCUGCAGCGCUGCGUCACCGACCCCAGCACGGGGCUCCUGCUGCUGCCGCUCACCGGGGACGGCGGCAAAGGGCCCCAGGGGACACUCAAGGGCUUCUUUGACCACGAGACCCAGACAGCGCUGGAAAACACACAGGUGCCUGUUGCUGUGGGGAAAUUCAAGGGCAAGUCAGUGUCCCUGUGGAAACUGCUCUUCUCUGACUAUAUCCAGGGUGAGCAAAGAGCUGCGCUGGCUCAGCAGUUCCUGGCAGGAAUGCUCUCCCUGCCAGGACUGGGAGAGGCCAUCAGAGCCGCCGUUGAGGAAAAGGCUGCCACCGCUAACGUCACCUUCAAGGGUCUGAGGGACCAGGUGACAGCUGACCAGCUCCUGAGCUCAGAAAUUAUCAACAAAGAUUUGUUCAAGAAACUCAAGGAGGGAGAAACUUCGGCCAAAGAAGUGGUCAGCAUGGACACUGUCAGGAAGUACCUGCAGGGCACAGGAAGCAUCGGGGGGCUGCUGCUCCCUGACUCCCAGGAGAAGAUCAGCAUCUACCAGGCAAAGCGGAAGGGACUUCUCAGGCCGGGAACGUCUCUGAUUCUCCUGGAGGCACAGGCUGCCACAGGCUUCGUCAUUGACCCAGCUGCCAACAAGAGGUAUUCCGUGGAUGAGGCUUUACGGGCAAACGUCAUUGGCCCGGAUGUCUACGACAAGCUGCUGGCUGCGGAGAAAUCUGUCACUGGCUACCGAGAUCCUUACUCAGGGGCUAAGAUCUCCCUCUUCCAGGCCAUGCAGAAGGAUCUGAUCGUCAGGGAUCACGGCAUCCGCCUGCUCGAGGCCCAGAUCGCCACCGGUGGUAUCAUCGACCCCGUCAACAGCCACCGCAUCCCAGUGGAGGUGGCCUACAAACGAGGCUACUUUGACAAGAAGAUGAAUUUAAUCCUGUCUGACCCCAGCGACGACACCAAGGGCUUCUUCGACCCCAACACCCACGAGAACCUGACGUACCUGCAGCUGAAGGAGAAAUGCAUCACCGAGCCCUCCACGGGGCUCUGCCUCCUCCCUCUGAACAGCAGGAAGCGGCAGUUCGUGGAUGAGGCCACCAGGCAGGUGUUCAGGAGCUCCUGGCUGCCCGUCAGGUUUGGGCGCUUGCGGGGGGAGAAGGUCUCCGUGUGGGACCUGCUGAACUCCGAGUACUUCAGCGAGGGCAGGCGCCGGGAGAUUUUCAACCACUUCCAGCUGAGGAAGCUCAGCCUGGAGCAAAUCCGGCUCAUGCUGGAGGAGGAGAUGAAGAAAUGGGCGCCCAUCAAGUUCCCGGCCAUAAGAGGCAACGUCAGCGCUUAUCACCUGAUGGAAACGGGUGUCAUCGACAGGGCCCUGUUGGAGCAGGUGCUGGAGGGAUCCGUCACCCCAGAACAAGUCCUGCACAUGGACUCUGUCAGGAAGUACCUCUAUGGCUCGGGCAGCAUUGGGGGCAUUGUGCUCCAGCCAUCCAACCAGAGGAUGAGCAUUUAUGAGGCCAUGAAGCAGAACAUCGUGGUGCCAGGAGUGGCCCUGCCCCUGCUGGAGGCCCAGGCUGCCACGGGCUUCAUUAUUGACCCCGUGAACAACCAAAAGCUCUGUGUGGAUGAGGCCGUCAAGGAGGGAGUCAUUGGGCCAGACGUCCACGAGAAGUUGCAGCAGGCGGAGGGGGCUGUGACGGGCUAUAAAGACCCUUUCACGGGCAAGAAGAUCCCCCUUUUCCAGGCGAUGAAGAAGGGCCUGAUCGCGGAUAAGCAGGCCAUGCAGCUCAUGGAGGUGCAGAUGGCCACAGGAGGCAUCAUUGACCCAACGUGUGGCCACCACAUCCCCCUUGAGUCAGCCCAGCAGCGAGGCUGCCUGGAUGAGGACACAAGCAAGGCCCUUUCCAAGCCCAGUGAUGACCACAGAGUCUUCUGCCUCCCGGACAGCAAAGAGAGUGUGACCUACGCUGAGCUCAUCCAGCACUGCCAGAAGGACGACGUCUCUGGCUUCCACUUGCUGCCUCUGGCACAGACAGCUGCUCCUGCCUACACUGAUGAGCAAAUCCAACGGAUUUUCAAGGAAACCAUGGUGAAGGAAAAAGGAGUCUCCCUCUGGGAGCUCGUGCACUCGGGGUACUUCACCGAGGAGCAGAGGAGCGACUUCACGGAGAAGUUCCGGUCGAAGGAGCUGUCGCUGGAGCAGCUGGUGGCUCUUGUGCUCAGGCUGGUGGGGGAGAUGGAGAUGAAAGCCAGGACCCAGAUCUCCCUGGAAGGCCUGAGGGGCAGUGUCCCUGUGGUCUGGCUGCUGGACACGGGCAUAAUUUCUCAGAAGACUUUUGAAGAACUGGCUCAGGGUGUAAGAACUGCUGAAGAAGUGGCUGCAAUGGAGAGUGUACAGAGGUACUUGAAGGGCACGGGCAGCAUAGCUGGGGUCUUCAUAGAGGCAUCCAAACAGAAGAUGAGCAUCUAUGAUGCCAUGAAAAACAAUCUCCUCCUCCCUGGGGUUGCUCUGAGGCUGCUGGAGGCUCAGGCAGCCACAGGAUACCUGACUGACCCUGCCACAAACCGGAGGCUCAGUGUGAGGGACGCUGUGAGAGCAGCUGUUGUUGGAGAGGAGCUUAGUGAGAAACUCCUUCUGGCUGAGAGGGCUGUGACAGGCUACACAGACCCCUACACCGGGGGCUCCAUCUCCCUGUGCCAAGCGCUCAGGAAGGAGCUCAUCCCCCUGGCAGAGGCUGUGCCCUUGCUGGAGGCCCAGCUGGCCACGGGAGGGGUCAUCGAUCCCACCCACCACCUCCACCUGCCGCUCCAGGCUGCCUGCAGGUACGGCUUCUUCGACGAGGACCUGAACCAAACCCUCUCACAGCUGGAUGACAGCACCAAGACCUUUUUUGACCCAAACACCAAGGAGAACGUGACCUACCAGCAGCUGAAGGACCGGUGCAUUCGUGAGGCUGAGUCGGGUCUGUGGCUCCUCCCUCUGUCAGAAAACGCAAUGUUCUGUGUGGAUGAGCAGACUAUGAAGGUGCUAAAAUCUGUGACUGUUUGUGUCAACGUGGGGCGGUUCAAGGGACAGACCGUGUCUGUCUGGGACCUCCUCAACUCCGAAUACUUCUCAGACAGCAAGAGAAGAGAGCUGGUGCAAAAGUACAAAGAUGAGAAGGCUGAAGUGCUGCAGGAAAUCACAACAAUUAUCACCACAAUCAUCCAAGAGACUGAGGCACGGGGCAAGAAAUUUGAGUUCAAGGGCCUGCGGAAAAGAGUGUCCGCCAGUGACCUCUUCCAGUCCCAGCUGAUCGACAAAAAAACCCUCGAUGAGCUCAACCAGGGGAAGAAAACAGUCAAAGAAGUGACUGAAAUGGAGUCUGUCCGCAGGUACCUGGAGGGCAGCAAUUUCAUAGCAGGGGUCCUUAUCCAGCCAAGCAAUGAGAAGAUGAGCAUCUACCAGGCCAUGUGGAAGGGCAUCCUGAGGCCAGGGACCGCCCUGGUGCUGCUGGAGGCACAGGCAGCCACUGGCUACAUCAUCGAUCCUGAGAAAAACAAGAAGUUUUCAGUGGAGGAGGCGUUAGAGGUGGGUCUGAUUGGAGGGGAGAUUUUUGAAAAGCUGCUCUGUGCGGAGAGAGCCGUGACGGGCUACACUGACCCCUACACCAAAGCCCCAAUGUCCCUGUUUGAGGCCAUGAACCAAGGGCUGAUUGUGAAGAGCCACGGCAUCCGCCUGCUCGAGGCCCAGAUCGCCACCGGCGGCAUCAUCGACCCCGUGCACAGCCACCGUGUCCCCGUGGAGGUGGCCUACAAGCGUGGCUACUUUGACCAGGAGAUGAACCAGAUCCUCUCCGACCCCAGUGAUGACACCAAGGGCUUCUUCGACCCCAACACCCACGAGAACCUGACGUAUAUGCAGCUCCUGGAGAGAUGUGUCCAAGACCCAGAGACUGGGUUGUACAUGCUGCAGGUUGUAAAGGAGGGAGGAAAGUACUUCUACAUUGAUGAGUCCACAAAACAGGCUUUGCGCUCAAAGCCCCUUCAAGUGAAAGUUGGAAAGUUUAAGGACCAAACUGUUUCCGUCUGGGAAGUCCUCUGCUCUCACUACAUCUCAGAGCAGAAAAGGAAAGAGCUAGUGAUGCAGUACAAAAGCAAAACCCUAGCGCUGGAAGAGCUGAUAUCCCUCAUCUUAAAAAUCAUUGAGGACACAGAGCGGAGAGGAGAAGCCCUCAAGAUCAAAGGACUGCGGGGGGAGGUGUCGGUAUCAGAAUUGUUCAACUCUGAGAUCAUCGACAAGAAAACUCUGGAUCAGCUGCAUGACGGGAGUCUCACACUUGCCAGCCUCGCAAAGAGGGACACCAUCCAAAGGUACCUGGACGGCACUGGGUGCAUUGCUGGGGUUCUCCUCCCAUUGAGGAAAGAGGUGAUGAGCAUCUACCAGGCGCUGAAGGAAGGCCUCCUCACAGAGCAGUGUGCGCUGGGGCUGCUGGAGGCGCAGGCGGCCACCGGCUUCCUCCUGGACCCCCGGAACAACCAGAGGCUCUCCGUGGACGAGGCUGUGUCCUCUGGGCUAGUGGGCAGCGAGCUGCGCGAGCAGCUGCUGUCAGCAGAGAAAGCCGUCACGGGAUACACAGAUCCUCAAACAGGAAGUAAAAUAUCUCUCUUCCAGGCUGUAAGGCAGAAGGUAAUAGUCAGGGAUCGCGGCAUCCGCCUGCUCGAGGCCCAGCUUGCCACUGGUGGCAUCAUCGACCCCUGGCAUGACCACCGCCUGCCCGUGGAGGUGGCCUACAAACGUGGGCACCUGGACGAGGACAUGUUCCUCCUGCUUUCGGAUCCAGAUCAUGGUAGCAAAGGCUUCAAAGAUCCAAACACUCACGAGAAGAUCAGCUACAGCCAGCUCCUGCAGAGGUGUGCCAAAGACAGGGAGAGCGGCUUGUACCUGCUGCAGGUCCUGGAAAAGGAAGGCGACUAUUUCUACAUCGAUGAGCAAACGAAAAAUGCCCUGUUGUGCACAAAGGUACAGGUGCCUGUGGGAAAAUACAAGGGACAAGUGUUAUCGCUGUGGGAGCUUCUCUGCUCCGAGUACAUCACAGAGGAGAGAAGAAAAGAGCUGGUGAAAAAAUACAAAGCGGAGUCCCAGCACAUUGUGCAAGGCAUCAUUGAGACAAUACUAAAGAUCAUUAGGGAAAAAGAAGAGGACAGAAGUGAUGUCUGGUUCCAGGGACUCCGACAGCAAAUUACAGCAUCAGAACUGCUCAGUGCACAAAUAAUUACAGAGGAAACAAUAGAAAAACUCCAGGAAGGAAAGGAGACAGCACAAGAAAUAGCAAAAAUGGACAGUGUGAGGAGGUACCUUGAGGGAACUGGAAGCAUUGCUGGUGUGCUGGUGCCCUCCAAGGCCCCGCCAGGCAAGAUGGAGAAGAUGAGCAUCUACCAGGCCAUGUGGAAGGGCAUCCUGAGGCAGGGCACCGCCCUGGUGCUGCUGGAGGCGCAGGCGGCCACCGGCUUCAUCAUUGACCCGGUGAAGAACCAGAAGCUCUCUGUGGACGAAGCUGUGUCCUCUGGACUGGUGGGCAGUGAACUGAAAAACAAACUUCUAAGCGCCGAGAGAGCUGUGACGGGCUACACCCACCCCUACACAGGACAAAAGAUGUCCUUGUUCCAGGCCAUGAAGCAGGACCUGAUCGUCAGGGAUCACGGCAUCCGCCUGCUCGAGGCCCAGAUCGCCACCGGCGGCAUCAUCGACCCCGUGCACAGCCACCGUGUCCCCGUGGAGGUGGCCUACAAGCGUGGCUACUUUGACCAGGAGAUGAACCAGAUCCUCUCUGACCCCGGUGACGACACCAAGGGCUUCUUCGACCCCAACACGCACGAGAACCUGACGUACCUGCAGCUGCUGCGCCGCUGCGUGCCCGACCCGGAGACGGGGCUGCUGAUGCUGCAGCUGAUGGACAAGGGCUCUGUGCUCUACCAGCUGACCGAGGAUGCCCGCAGAGCCCUGCAGGCCGCCCGCACCACGCUGCCUGUGGGGCUCUUCCAGGGCCAGAGCGUCACCGUCUGGGAGCUCCUCUUCUCCCGCUACGUCCCCGAGCACCGGCGCCAGGACCUCCUGCGCCGCUACAAGGCGGGGACAGUCACCAUUGCAGAGAUGAUCGACGUCCUGACGGCCAUCGUCACCAGGGCUGAGGCCCAGGGCGACAACGGGGCCCCCAAGUCCCCAGAAAGGGAGGUCCUGCCCGAACCCACCCAGAACGGCAGUGCUGCAAACUCCCAGAAGGAACAGGAACAGAAGCUGGAGCAGGAGCUGGAGCGGUCCCUCAAGUCCCACACGGUCGAGGUCUCGGCAGGCGGCUUCCACGGCAGGAAGGUGUCCCUGUGGGAGCUGCUGUUCUCCAAGCUCGUGUCAGAGGUGAAGCGUCAGGAGCUGCUGGGGCGGUUGCGAGCUGGGAGCCUGGCGCUGGCCGAGCUGGCCAAGCUGCUCACCCUCCUGGUGGAGGAGGCGGCCCAGCGCAGCAGCAGCGUGAAAUUCACGGGCUUCAGGAGGCAGGUGAGCGCCUCGGACCUGCUGGACUCGGGCAUCAUCGACACGGGCACGCUGGCCGACCUGGUGCAGGGCGCCAGGACGGUGCAGGAGGUGACGCAAAUGGCCUCGGUCAAGCGCUACCUGGACGGCACGGGCGUCAUCGCCGGCGUGCUGGUGCCCUCAAAGGAGCAUCCGGGCAAGAUGGAGAAGAUGAGCAUCUACCAGGCCAUGUGGAAGGGCAUCCUGAGGCAGGGCACGGCCCUGGUGCUGCUGGAGGCGCAGGCGGCCACCGGCUUCCUGGUGGACCCCGUCAAGAACCAGAAGCUCUCUGUGGACGAGGCUGUGUCCUCCGGGCUGGUGGGCGGCGAGCUGCACGAGAAGCUGCUGUCGGCAGAGCGGGCCGUGACGGGCUACUCCGACCCCUACACGGGCGACAAGAUCUCCCUGUUCCAGGCCAUGAAGAAGGAGCUGAUCGUCAGGGAUCACGGCAUCCGCCUGCUCGAGGCCCAGAUCGCCACCGGCGGCAUCAUCGACCCCGUGCACAGCCACCGCGUCCCCGUGGAGGUGGCCUACAAGCGUGGCUACUUUGACCAGGAGAUGAACCAGAUCCUCUCCGACCCCGGCGACGACACCAAGGGCUUCUUCGACCCCAACACGCACGAGAACCUGACGUACCUGCAGCUGCUGCGCCGCUGCGUGCCCGACCCGGAGACGGGGCUGCUGAUGCUGCAGCUGAUGGGCAAGGGCUCUGUGCUCUACCAGCUGACCGAGGAUGCCCGCAGAGCCCUGCAGGCCGCCCGCACCACGCUGCCUGUGGGGCUCUUCCAGGGCCAGAGCGUCACCGUCUGGGAGCUCCUCUUCUCCCGCUACGUCCCCGAGCACCGGCGCCAGGACCUCCUGCGCCGCUACAAGGCGGGGACAGUCACCAUUGCAGAGAUCAUCGACGUCCUCACGGCCAUCGUCACCAGGGCUGAGGCCCAGGGUGACAACGGGGCCAAGUCCCCAGAAAGGGAGGUCCUGCCCGAACCCACCCAGAACGGCAGUGCUGCAAACUCCCAGAAGGAGCAGGAAGAGAAGCUGGAGCAGGAGCUGGAGCGGUCCCUCAAGUCCCACACGGUGGAGGUCUCGGCAGGCGGCUUCCAUGGCAGGAAGGUGUCCCUGUGGGAGCUGCUGUUCUCCAAGCUCGUGUCAGAGGUGAAGCGUCAGGAGCUGCUGGGGCGGUUGCGAGCUGGGAGCCUGGCGCUGGCCGAGCUGGCCAAGCUGCUCACCCUCCUGGUGGAGGAGGCGGCCCAGCGCAGCAGCAGCGUGAAAUUCACGGGCUUCAGGAGGCAGGUGAGCGCCUCGGACCUGCUGGACUCGGGCAUCAUCGACACGGGCACGCUGGCCGACCUGGUGCAGGGCGCCAGGACGGUGCAGGAGGUGACGCAAAUGGCCUCGGUCAAGCGCUACCUGGACGGCACGGGAGUCAUCGCCGGCGUGCUGGUGCCCUCCAAGGACCAUCCGGGCAAGAUGGAGAAGAUGAGCAUCUACCAGGCCAUGUGGAAGGGCAUCCUGAGGCAGGGCACUGCCCUGGUGCUGCUGGAGGCGCAGGCGGCCACCGGCUUCCUGGUGGACCCCGUCAAGAACCAGAAGCUCUCUGUGGACGAGGCUGUGUCCUCCGGGCUGGUGGGCGGCGAGCUGCACGAGAAGCUGCUGUCGGCAGAGCGGGCCGUGACGGGCUACUCCGACCCCUACACGGGCGACAAGAUCUCCCUGUUCCAGGCCAUGAAGAAGGAGCUGAUCGUCAGGGAUCACGGCAUCCGCCUGCUCGAGGCCCAGAUCGCCACCGGCGGCAUCAUCGACCCCGUGCACAGCCACCGUGUCCCCGUGGAGGUGGCCUACAAGCGUGGCUACUUUGACCAGGAGAUGAACCAGAUCCUCUCCGACCCCGGCGACGACACCAAGGGCUUCUUCGACCCCAACACCCACGAGAACCUGACGUACCUGCAGCUGCUGCGCCGCUGCGUGCCCGACCCGCAGACGGGGCUGCUGAUGCUGCAGCUGAUGGACAAGGGCUCUGUGCUCUACCAGCUGAGCGAGGAUGCCCACAGAGCCCUGCAGGCCGCCCGCACCACGCUGCCCGUGGGGCUCUUCCAGGGCCAGAGCGUCACCGUCUGGGAGCUCCUCUUCUCCCGCUACGUCCCCGAGCACCGGCGCCAGGACCUCCUGCGCCGCUACAAGGCGGGGACAGUCACCAUUGCAGAGAUGAUCGACGUCCUCACGGCCAUCGUCACCAGGGCUGAGGCCCAGGGUGACAACGGGGCCCCCAAGUCCCCAGAAAGGGAGGUCCUGCCCGAACCCACCCAGAACGGCAGUGCUGCAAACUCCCAGAAGGAGCAGGAAGAGAAGCUGGAGCAGGAGCUGGAGCGGUCCCUCAAGUCCCACACGGUGGAGGUCUCGGCAGGCGGCUUCCAUGGCAGGAAGGUGUCCCUGUGGGAGCUGCUGUUCUCCAAGCUCGUGUCAGAGGUGAAGCGUCAGGAGCUGCUGGGGCGGUUGCGAGCUGGGAGCCUGGCGCUGGCCGAGCUGGCCAAGCUGCUCACCCUCCUGGUGGAGGAGGCGGCCCAGCGCAGCAGCAGCGUGAAAUUCACGGGCUUCAGGAGGCAGGUGAGCGCCUCGGACCUGCUGGACUCGGGCAUCAUCGACACGGGCACGCUGGCCGACCUGGUGCAGGGCGCCAGGACGGUGCAGGAGGUGACGCAAAUGGCCUCGGUCAAGCGCUACCUGGACGGCACGGGAGUCAUCGCCGGCGUGCUGGUGCCCUCCAAGGACCAUCCGGGCAAGAUGGAGAAGAUGAGCAUCUACCAGGCCAUGUGGAAGGGCAUCCUGAGGCAGGGCACUGCCCUGGUGCUGCUGGAGGCGCAGGCGGCCACCGGCUUCCUGGUGGACCCCGUCAAGAACCAGAAGCUCUCUGUGGACGAGGCUGUGUCCUCCGGGCUGGUGGGCGGCGAGCUGCACGAGAAGCUGCUGUCGGCAGAGCAGGCCGUGACGGGCUACUCCGACCCCUACACGGGCGACAAGAUCUCCCUGUUCCAGGCCAUGAAGAAGGAGCUGAUCGUCAGGGAUCACGGCAUCCGCCUGCUCGAGGCCCAGAUCGCCACCGGCGGCAUCAUCGACCCCGUGCACAGCCACCGUGUCCCCGUGGAGGUGGCCUACAAGCGUGGCUACUUUGACCAGGAGAUGAACCAGAUCCUCUCCGACCCCGGCGACGACACCAAGGGCUUCUUCGACCCCAACACCCACGAGAACCUGACGUACCUGCAGCUGCUGCGCCGCUGCGUGCCCGACCCGCAGACGGGGCUGCUGAUGCUGCAGCUGAUGGACAAGGGCUCUGUGCUCUACCAGCUGAGCGAGGAUGCCCACAGAGCCCUGCAGGCCGCCCGCACCACGCUGCCCGUGGGGCUCUUCCAGGGCCAGAGCGUCACCGUCUGGGAGCUCCUCUUCUCCCGCUACGUCCCCGAGCACCGGCGCCAGGACCUCCUGCGCCGCUACAAGGCGGGGACAGUCACCAUUGCAGAGAUGAUCGACGUCCUCACGGCCAUCGUCACCAGGGCUGAGGCCCAGGGUGACAACGGGGCCCCCAAGUCCCCAGAAAGGGAGGUCCUGCCCGAACCCACCCAGAACGGCAGUGCUGCAAACUCCCAGAAGGAGCAGGAAGAGAAGCUGGAGCAGGAGCUGGAGCGGUCCCUCAAGUCCCACACGGUCGAGGUCUCGGCAGGCGGCUUCCACGGCAGGAAGGUGUCCCUGUGGGAGCUCCUGUUCUCCAAGCUCGUGUCCGAGGUGAAGCGUCAGGAGCUGCUGGGGCGGCUGCGAGCUGGGAGCCUGGCGCUGGCCGAGCUGGCCAAGCUGCUCACCCUCCUGGUGGAGGAGGCGGCCCAGCGCAGCAGCAGCGUCAAAUUCACGGGCUUCAGGAGGCAGGUGAGCGCCUCGGACCUGCUGGACUCGGGCAUCAUCGACACGGGCACGCUGGCCGACCUGGUGCAGGGCGCCAGGACGGUGCAGGAGGUGACGCAAAUGGCCUCGGUCAAGCGCUACCUGGACGGCACGGGCGUCAUCGCCGGCGUGCUGGUGCCCUCAAAGGACCACCCGGGCAAGAUGGAGAAGAUGAGCAUCUACCAGGCCAUGUGGAAGGGCAUCCUGAGGCAGGGCACGGCCCUGGUGCUGCUGGAGGCGCAGGCGGCCACCGGCUUCCUGGUGGACCCCGUCAAGAACCAGAAGCUCUCUGUGGACGAGGCUGUGUCCUCUGGGCUGGUGGGCGGCGAGCUGCACGAGAAGCUGCUGUCGGCAGAGCGGGCCGUGACGGGCUACUCCGACCCCUACACGGGCGACAAGAUCUCCCUGUUCCAGGCCAUGAAGAAGGAGCUGAUCGUCAGGGAUCACGGCAUCCGCCUGCUCGAGGCCCAGAUCGCCACCGGCGGCAUCAUCGACCCCGUGCACAGCCACCGUGUCCCCGUGGAGGUGGCCUACAAGCGUGGCUACUUUGACCAGGAGAUGAACCAGAUCCUCUCCGACCCCGGCGACGACACCAAGGGCUUCUUCGACCCCAACACGCACGAGAACCUGACGUACCUGCAGCUGCUGCGCCGCUGCGUGCCCGACCCGGAGACGGGGCUGCUGAUGCUGCAGCUGAUGGACAAGGGCUCUGUGCUCUACCAGCUGACCGAGGAUGCCCGCAGAGCCCUGCAGGCCGCCCGCACCACGCUGCCCGUGGGGCUCUUCCAGGGCCAGAGCGUCACCGUCUGGGAGCUCCUCUUCUCCCGCUACGUCCCCGAGCACCGGCGCCAGGACCUCCUGCGCCGCUACAAGGCGGGGACAGUCACCAUUGCAGAGAUGAUCGACGUCCUCACGGCCAUCGUCACCAGGGCUGAGGCCCAGGGUGACGACGGGGCCCCCAAGUCCCCAGAAAGGGAGGUCCUGCCCGAACCCACCCAGAACGGCAGUGCUGCAAACUCCCAGAAGGAACAGGAACAGAAGCUGGAGCAGGAGCUGGAGCGGUCCCUCAAGUCCCACAUGGUCGAGGUCUCGGCAGGCGGCUUCAGCGGCAGGAAGGUGUCCCUGUGGGAGCUGCUGUUCUCCAAGCUCGUGUCCGAGGUGAAGCGUCAGGAGCUGCUGGGGCGGUUGCGAGCUGGGAGCCUGGCGCUGGCCGAGCUGGCCAAGCUGCUCACCCUCCUGGUGGAGGAGGCGGCCCAGCGCAGCAGCAGCGUGAAAUUCACGGGCUUCAGGAGGCAGGUGAGCGCCUCGGACCUGCUGGACUCGGGCAUCAUCGACACGGGCACGCUGGCCGACCUGGUGCAGGGCGCCAGGACGGUGCAGGAGGUGACGCAAAUGGCCUCGGUCAAGCGCUACCUGGACGGCACGGGCGUCAUCGCCGGCGUGCUGGUGCCCUCAAAGGACCAUCCGGGCAAGAUGGAGAAGAUGAGCAUCUACCAGGCCAUGUGGAAGGGCAUCCUGAGGCAGGGCACGGCCCUGGUGCUGCUGGAGGCGCAGGCGGCCACCGGCUUCCUGGUGGACCCCGUCAAGAACCAGAAGCUCUCUGUGGACGAGGCUGUGUCCUCUGGGCUGGUGGGCGGCGAGCUGCACGAGAAGCUGCUGUCGGCAGAGCGGGCCGUGACGGGCUACUCCGACCCCUACACGGGCGACAAGAUCUCCCUGUUCCAGGCCAUGAAGAAGGAGCUGAUCGUCAGGGAUCACGGCAUCCGCCUGCUCGAGGCCCAGAUCGCCACCGGCGGCAUCAUCGACCCCGUGCACAGCCACCGUGUCCCCGUGGAGGUGGCCUACAAGCGUGGCUACUUUGACCAGGAGAUGAACCAGAUCCUCUCCGACCCCGGCGACGACACCAAGGGCUUCUUCGACCCCAACACGCACGAGAACCUGACGUACCUGCAGCUGCUGCGCCGCUGCGUGCCCGACCCGGAGACGGGGCUGCUGAUGCUGCAGCUGAUGGACAAGGGCUCUGUGCUCUACCAGCUGACCGAGGAUGCCCGCAGAGCCCUGCAGGCCGCCCGCACCACGCUGCCCGUGGGGCUCUUCCAGGGCCAGAGCGUCACCGUCUGGGAGCUCCUCUUCUCCCGCUACGUCCCCGAGCACCGGCGCCAGGACCUCCUGCGCCGCUACAAGGCGGGGACAGUCACCAUUGCAGAGAUGAUCGACGUCCUCACGGCCAUCGUCACCAGGGCUGAAGCCCAGGGUGACAACAGGGCCCCCAAGUCCCCAGAAAGGGAGGUCCUGCCCGAACCCACCCAGAACGGCAGUGCUGCAAACUCCCAGAAGGAACAGGAAGAGAAGCUGGAGCAGGAGCUGGAGCGGUCCCUCAAGUCCCACACGGUCGAGGUCUCGGCAGGCGGCUUCCACGGCAGGAAGGUGUCCCUGUGGGAGCUGCUGUUCUCCAAGCUCGUGUCGGAGGUGAAGCGUCAGGAGCUGCUGGGGCGGCUGCGAGCUGGGAGCCUGGCGCUGGCCGAGCUGGCCAAGCUGCUCACCCUGCUGGUGGAGGAGGCGGCCCAGCGCAGCAGCAGCGUCAAAUUCACGGGCUUCAGGAGGCAGGUGAGCGCCUCGGACCUGCUGGACUCGGGCAUCAUCGACACGGGCACGCUGGCCGACCUGGUGCAGGGUGCCAGGACGGUGCAGGAGGUGACGCAAAUGGCCUCGGUCAAGCGCUACCUGGACGGCACGGGCGUCAUCGCCGGCGUGCUGGUGCCCUCAAAGGAGCAUCCGGGCAAGAUGGAGAAGAUGAGCAUCUACCAGGCCAUGUGGAAGGGCAUCCUGAGGCAGGGCACGGCCCUGGUGCUGCUGGAGGCGCAGGCGGCCACCGGCUUCCUGGUGGACCCCGUCAAGAACCAGAAGCUCUCUGUGGACGAGGCUGUGUCCUCCGGGCUGGUGGGCGGCGAGCUGCACGAGAAGCUGCUGUCGGCAGAGCGGGCCGUGACGGGCUACUCCGACCCCUACACGGGCGACAAGAUCUCCCUGUUCCAGGCCAUGAAGAAGGACCUGAUCGUCAGGGAUCACGGCAUCCGCCUGCUCGAGGCCCAGAUCGCCACCGGCGGCAUCAUCGACCCCGUGCACAGCCACCGUGUCCCCGUGGAGGUGGCCUACAAGCGUGGCUACUUUGACCAGGAGAUGAACCAGAUCCUCUCUGACCCCGGCGACGACACCAAGGGCUUCUUCGACCCCAACACCCACGAGAACCUGACGUACCUGCAGCUGCUGCGCUGCUGCGUGCCCGACCCGGAGACGGGGCUCUAUUUCUUCCAAGUUUUUCAGAAAUGGGACAACAGGAGUGUGGCUGGAGGCAACCUGGGCCAGAUCUUAAGCGUGAUCCUUCCCCUCGCUGUGCCCCAGAGCUGCCGAGGGAAAAUCGGCUGCCAGGAAGCCGAAUGGGGCGGGGGAGGGAAUGAUUUAAAUUGGGCACCUGCCUCCUCUGCUCACCUGGCUGGGAGUCGGCGGGAGGAGGAGGAGGAGGAGGAGGAGGAUCAGAGCCUCCCGGCAUCCAGCCGCUCCGGAUACACGGCCAGGAGUACCAGAGGCUCUGUUUGUUUCUCCCUCCUCAGAGGUGCCCAGCGCCCCCAGCAGCAGGAUUCCUCCCCAGAGACGAUGAGGAAGAUGAGCGGAUGCUCCCAGGACAACAAGCCGAGCAGCCCAGGGAGUAACCCGGCUGCAGGUGAGCACGAAGAGAUGGGUGGGGGCGGGAGCAACUUUAUCGCUGGAGUCUUCCUCCAGGCCAAGAAGAAGAGGCUGAGCAUCUACGAGGCCAUGAUGAGGGGGCUGCUGACCCCGGGCACGGCGCUGGUGCUGCUGGAGGCGCAGGCGGCCUCGGGGCUGCUCACGGACCCCGCGAGGAACGAGCGGCUCUCGGUGAAGGAGGCGCUGGCUCAGGGACUCAUCGGCCGGGACUUCUAUGAGAAGCUGCUCUCAGCGGAGGGAGCCGUGACGGGCUACACAGAGCCCUACACAGGACGCAGGAUCUCCCUGUUCCAGGCCAUGAAGAAGGAUCUCAUCGUCAGGGAACACGCCGUCCGCCUGCUCCAGGCCCAGAUCGCCACCGGCGGCAUCAUCGACCCCGUGCACAGCCACCGUGUCCCCGUGGAGGUGGCCUACAAGCGUGGCUACUUUGACCAGGAGGUGAACCAGAUCCUCUCCGACCCCGAGAAUCAAGCAAGGACUUGCUUCGACCCCAACACGCACGAGAACCUGACGUACCUGCAGCUGCUGCGCCGCUGCGUGCCCGACCCGGAGACGGGGCUGCUGAUGCUGCAGCUGAUGGACAAGGGCUCUGUGCUCUACCAGCUGAGCGAGGAUGCCCGCAGAGCCCUGCAGGCCGCCCGCACCACGCUGCCCGUGGGGCUCUUCCAGGGCCAGAGCGUCACCGUCUGGGAGCUCCUCUUCUCCCGCUACGUCCCCGAGCACCGGAGAGAGGAGCUGCUGAGGAAGUACAAGGCGGGGACAGUCACCAUCCUGCAGAUGAUAGACAUCCUCACGGCCACCAUCUCAGCGGCAGAAAGGGAGAACGGGGCUCUGGGCUCAUCCACAGCCAACCCCAACCACGAGGCGAGGGCGUCACCCCCAGCUCAGGACACGCAGGAGCAACACCUGAGGAAGUCCCUGAAGUCCGCAACUGUCCGUGUCACUGCUGGGGAGUUCCGGGGGCAAAACGUCUCCGUGCUGGACCUGCUCUUCUCCACAUACGUCCCUCAGGGGAAGCGGCAGGAGCUGCUGGAGCUGUACAGGGCAGGGAUACUGACCACGGAGCAGGUGGCCACCGUGGUCACCACCAUCGUGAACCGAACGGAAGCUGCAAGCGCCGCGCUGGUGGCAAACGCCAGGAGCCCACACAGGGCAGUGGCAGCGGCUGGGGAGGAUGGAGAGGAUUGUUCGGCACACCUGGAUGAUGCCUUGAGGUCCACCACCAUCAGUGUGCCAGCUGGGGAGCUGCAGGGACAGCAGGUGUCCCUGUGGGACCUGAUCGUCUCCGACUACAUCCCCGAGGAGAAAAGGCAGGAGCUGCUGGAGCUGUACCAUGAAAGGUUAUUAACUCUGGAGCAGAUGACAACUGUUGUCAGCACUCUGAUUAGGAAAAAAGAAUCUACAGGCAGGAAAUUGCACGUUACAGUCAAGAGUUCCAGCAAGGAACCUGUGACAGCAGCAGGAGAGGAGGGUGACACCCCCACCAAAGAGGAGCCAUGGAAAACAACCCUAAAAACCACAAUGGUCGAGGUGGAGGCUGGGGAGUUUCGGGGCCACAAGGUCUCACUGUGGGACCUGCUGCACUCCCACUACAUCCCCGAGGAGAGCAGGAAGGAGCUGCUGGAGGUGUACGAGGCAGGUGAGCUGACCCUGGAGCAGGUGAAGACCGUCGUCAGCACCAUCGUCACCAGGGCAGCAGCAGCAGAGAGAGCAGAGCCAGCGGAACCUGUGAGCAGUGCCAGGGCAGAGCCAGCGGCUGAACCCACCCCUCUGCAUGAGGAUAGGGCCUGGGAGGAGACCCUGAAGGCCACCACAGCCGAGGUGUCGGUGGGGGAGUUCCAGGGCAGGCAGACCUCCCUGUGGGACCUGCUUUUCUCUGACUACAUCCCUGAGGAGAAGAGAGAGGAGCUGCUGGAGCUGUACCGUGGCGGGACAUUGGCCUUGGAGCAGCUGACCCUUGUUGUCACCACUCUCAUUAAGAAAAAAGAAUCUACAGGCAGGAAAUUGCACGUUACAGUCAAGAGUUCCAGCAAGGACCCUGUGAGAGCAGCAGGAGAGGAGGGUGACACCCCCACCAAAGAGGAGCCAUGGAAAACAACCCUAAAAACCACAAUGGUCGAGGUGGAGGCUGGGGAGUUUCGGGGCCACAAGGUCUCACUGUGGGACCUGCUGCACUCCCACUACAUCCCCGAGGAGAGCAGGAAGGAGCUGCUGGAGGUGUACGAGGCAGGUGAGCUGACCCUGGAGCAGGUGAAGACCGUCGUCUGCACCAUCGUCACCAGGGCAGCAGCAGCAGAGAGAGCAGAGCCAGCGGCACCUGUGAGCAGUGCCAGGGCAGAGCCAGCGGCUGAACCCACCCCUCUGCAUGAGGAUAGGGCCUGGGAGGAGACCCUGAAGGCCACCACAGCUGACGUGUCGGUGGGGGAGUUCCAGGGCAGGCAGACCUCCCUGUGGGACCUGCUUUUCUCUGACUACAUCCCUGAGGAGAAGAGAGAGGAGCUGCUGGAGCUGUACCGUGGCGGGACACUCCCCAUCCAGGAGCUGCUCAGCACCACCAGCAGCCUCGCCAGCGACAACCUGGAGAAGCACUUCAGGGCCCUUCCUGCGCACACCAUGGACCUCCUGCGCUCCGAGGGCUCCUACAUCACGUUUGACCCGUCCCAGGAGCGCAGGGUGUCCGUGUGGGAGCUCCUGUCCUCCAAGCAGGUCUCCGAGUACAAGCGGGAGGCGUGUCUCGACACCUACCCCUCGGGAGGGCUGACAGUGAACAGAAUCACCAUCACCACCACCAUCACCACCGGCCCCUGGCUGGAGAAGAGCCACCCCCGGCACCUCUGACAGCGACCCGGGCAGAGGAGGGUCCUGGGCGCCGGUGGGGCUUCGCUCCCUGCGCCCCUCCGUGUGUCACCGCGGUGACAAACCCGUGUGUGGGGCAGGGUGGGCUCGGUUAAACUCCUGCUGGCUCCACUCGGGCUGUGCUGAGAUU